UCAAAGUGCCUGGCUGACUACACAAGAAGUGGUGUUCAAUCAGGACAGCAACAUAAAGUGAGGGAGUGAAACAAGAAAAGUAAUAAAGGAAAGAAAAAGAAAGCAAACAGAGGACAGACACUGCUGACAGAUGUCUUUCCACAGAAAGAAAGUGUGUUCCUACUCCGAAUAAGCAUCCAAACAACAGCUGAGGGUUGUGAAGAGGCAGCCACCUGCUGCAGUGUCCUCCCACCACUACUACAGCAUCUGGCAGAGAAGUCAGAGAGGCGGAGGAGACUCGAUCUGAGGCAGCAGAGACGAUCCACUGACCUGACAGCAGACAGGACCUCAGCGACAACGAACACAGCUCAUCUGCGACGCAACCCCAGCCAGUGAGCUCAGAGUUUGUGGGAUUGACAGGGAAGACUGCGAGAUAGAUCGUUAGAUCAGGAUCGACCGGUUGGCGACGACGGAUCUUAAUUGAUGCAGGAGGAGGUGUAGCCACAAAUGGAGCAGCAAAAUCUGAUCAACAGCACGGAGAGCAACUGCUCGUCCAUAGAUGACUUCCGCAACCAGGUUUAUUCCAUAUCCUACAGCAUCAUCACUUUGCUGAGCCUCACUGGGAACGGCUUAGCCCUGGUGGUGCUGAUCAAGACGAACCGCCAGAAUUCCCCCUUCCACGUCUACAUGAUCAACCUGGUUGUGGCUGAUCUGCUGUGUGUGAUGACGCUGCCACUGCGAAUUAUCUACUAUGUCAGAGGGGGCAUCUGGAGCAUGGGGAAUUUCCUCUGUACCUUCAGCUCCUAUGCUCUCUAUGUAAACCUCUACUGCAGCAUCUACUUCAUGGUCGCCAUGUCGAUCACGCGUUUCCUGGCCAUUGUCUAUCCUGUGAAGAACCUGCAGCUGAUGACAGUGAACCGUGCUCGCCUGGUGUGUGCUGGCAUCUGGGUGUUUAUCUGUCUUUUAUCGUCUCCCUUCCUCAUGAGGGGUCAAUAUAUAGACACUACCACAAAUACAACCAAGUGCUUCGAUGCUCCGAACGGUGAAGUCGGUGAUAAACUCCAAGUGCUGAGCUAUUUGUCUCUGGUGAUAGGCUUUGUCCUGCCAUCACUGGUGAUCCUGCUCUGCUAUGCCGGCAUUAUCCACACCCUAGUGUCUCGCUCCCGACUGUCUCGCACCCUUUCUGCUCAACAACAGCAGCGGGCCAUGGGCACAAAAGCCAUUCGAAUGAUUGUCAUCGUCUUGUUGACAUUCACGAUCAGCUACAUGCCUUACCACGUGCUGCGCACCGUCUUCCUGUCCCGGGUUCACGACAGCUGCCAGGAGAGGAUCAAAAUGCAGAAGUCUGUCGUGGUGACACUCUGCCUGGCCGCUGCCAACACGUGCUUCGACCCACUGCUGUAUUAUUUCUCUGGAGAGGGUUGUCGCAGCCGCUUUUUCUCCUGUGCUACUCGGUCACAGCCCCAGAAUCUGAGAGAAACCACCCGAAGGUCAGUUAACUCCCAACAGACAGGAAGUCGUCAAGCAUCAAUGUCAGGAUAUGUUACAGGAAAGAGUUCAGGAUGACCUGUUGCCUCAUUAGUUGUCAGGGAAAGUGUCAAGAAGACCAGAUGUAAGAUAACGUACGACAGAAAUAGAUUUAACAGAUUUUACUUUGUCGGCUCAUGAACAGAGUAUUUAUACAUUUUAGUUACAAGUCUCAAGAGACUGAGAAUGAUAUUCUAAAGAGGAGAGAUUGUUUGAUAAUUAUAAUUAUUAUUUUUACAAGGAUACUUGCCAGUAUUCUUAUGUCACUAUCGUAUAAUGACAAUUGAAAUAAACAGUUUAUCAAUGUAUGUAAUGUAUCGUGGAUUAUGUUUUAAUAAUUAUUUUUAUUUGGAUUGCCUUUGCCUUGAAUGGGUGGUUAGAACCUUUUUCCUACUUUUUCUUACAUCAUUUUUAUUUUUAUGAAUUGUAUAUGUGGCAUUGUAACAUUGUAUCUACCACAGCUGUAUUUUUUAUCAUCAGUGUUUGUUAUUGUGUUAUUGUCACUGUUUUUCACUGCCAUAACCAUUUAUUUAGCCAUCCAUCCAUACCACUUAUCCUUUGAGGGUCGCAGGGAGGGGGAUGUGCACACUGGACAGGUCAAUUUAGAGACUCCACUUAUCUUUACGCCAACCUGUAUGUCUUUUGACUGUGGGAGGAAGCUGGAGAACCUGGUGAAAUCCCACAUAAACAUGGGGUGAACAUGCAAACUCCACUCAGAAGUGGUUUUUGACCCAUGGCCCUGCUUGCUGCAAUGCAUCCGGUUCUGCCCUUGUCUUGGCAAGUUAUUUGUAAUUUCCCUUUUUUAUUUUACGAGGCUUAAUAUAAUUCCUCAUGGUUGUUAUGUUUACUUAAACUAAACGGGAUCGUUUUGUUUUGUGCUGCUGAUUUUUGUUCACUCUGUAUUAUUAAUAUUACAUAACAAACCUUUUAUGUAAAGUAAUAAGCUGGGGGAAAGUGUUGGGUGCAUGUACUCUACAGGAGUAGUUCAGAAUAAAAUGGUUAAUAGGCUUUCUUUGCCAGAUUUAGAUGUAUAAUUGAUACAUAUCACUCAGUAAUAUGAAUAUGAAGUGGCAGCCACUGGCUGUUUAGCUUAGCACAAUGCUUUUAAAGAAGCUGAAGCUCCUUAAUUAGCAUGUUGUUUAUCUGGCCCUAUUCUGUAUAUGAAGUCAGGCAAACUGUUUCCACUUAUUGUUCCAUGUUAAGCUAAUGGAAUGCUGACAGAAGCUUCAUAUUCAUGUGAGUGGUAACGAUCUUCUCAUCUGACUGUAUGUAAAAAAGUUAUUUAACUGCUGUUGUCCUCUGAACUGUUAUUUAUAAUAAUUGCCUUAAUAUAUAAUGCAAUAUAUGUUAGUUUCUUAUAUUAGGUCUGUAUAUUAAAAGCUGCAACUUAAUUAAACAUUUCUUUAUAUAUGCUGACAAUAAUGUUUUAUAGAGCAAAACCACAACAAAAUUGAAGCCAUUGAAAUAUCUUCGCUCCUUGUUCCAGAAUCUGGGAAACACAAAUGAAAAUGGUCUUGGGAGUUAUUUAUUUUUGUGCAAGGAUAAAAGUACCAGAGAGUAUUCCUUUGAGAGAUUGGAUCAAAAUAAAACUAGCAAAAUCUGAAAAGUUGAAUAGUUACCAGAUUUUGAAGUUAAAGUUGGAGGGCUUCAUGUAAAUUGUCUUUGCUGCAUGUUUUCUUAUCAGACGAAUAUAUGGCUUUAAAAUCCCUUAUCAAGAUCAAUAAAGUCCACAGAAAGGCUUCUUGUCUGAACAGCUUGAGUCGUCACACAUUAGCUAGAGCUGCAUUUUUAAGUCAUUUUGAUAAUGCUGCCAUCUCCUGGUACUUUGGAUUGUCACAACACCAUUCAAACGCAUUGACAAAGGUAAAGGUCCAUCCCCAAACAUAUCUCAAAAAGCAAGUUCAUGGUAAUUAAAUAACUUUUUCACUGACCAAUUUAUCAAGUUUAUGGUGCCAAAAUACCAAUUAUUUAUUAUGCUAGAGACAAUCAAAACAAUUUACAUGAGGUAGCUUUACAUGUUAAUUCAAUACUUUACAUGUUAAUACAAUACCUUUAUGAUUAAAUUGUAAUAUGAGCAAAAAAAACUUAAACUUUUUACUGUGAAGCUGCAGAGUGGAAAAACAAAUCAUUAAUAAAAUCACCUAUGAAUGAAAUAA